GCGGGGCAAAUCUUGUGGUACCGAUAAGAUAAUUUGAGACCCCACACUUUGAUCAGAAACUCUGACCAGAAAUUAUAAUUCCCAAAACACAUUAAAAAACCGCCAUCGUCGACAUUCGAAGUUCUAUUCACCAAUUUAUCAACAUAACUACAAGCAACAUACGGAAAAGACACAGUGAAAAUGGCAUCCAAGGCUAGGGACUGGGCCGACGACGACGAGGGCGACGACGUCUUAGUAGAACUACCUCCCCCCCAAACUAUCCAGAACAAAGACGGUACCAAGACCACAAUCACCUACCGAUACAACGAGAACGGGCAAAAAGUCAAGACGACCCGACGGAUCCGCCUAGUCACGCACCGCGAGGUCGUCAACCCGCGCGUCGCCGAGCGCAAAACAUGGCAGAAAUUCGGACUUUCCGAAAAAGACGGACCCGGCCCGCAGAUGGACACGACGUCGGUAGGCGAGAACAUCAUCUUCCGGCUCAGCACGAACUGGCGUAAGGACACCAAGGAGGAGGCUAAGGACCCCAACGCCAACGCCAUGAAGGAGAAGCUCAAGGACAAGACGGUCAAGUGUCGUAUCUGCAACGGCGAACAUUUCACUGCUCGGUGUCCGUACAAGGAUACUAUGGCUCCGGUUGGCGCCGAGGGCGCUGCCGAUGUCGCUGCUGGCAUGGGUGAUGAGCCUUCGUCGAAUGCGGUGGGAGCUCCUGGCGCGGGCAAGAAGGGCAGUUAUGUCCCGCCGGCGCUGCGGGGAGACCGUGGCGCGGCUGGUGGCGAGAGAAUGGGAGGUGGAAAGUAUGGCAGCGAACGGGACGAUCUUGCUACGCUGCGUGUGACGAACGUCUCGGAAAUGGCAGAGGAGAACGAGCUUCGCGACAUGUUCGAGCGGUUCGGCCGCGUGACGCGCGUGUUCCUAGCCAAGGACCGCGAGACAGGGCUCGCCAAGGGUUUCGCAUUUAUCAGCUUCGCAGACCGCAGCGACGCCGUCAAGGCGUGCAACAAGAUGGACGGCUACGGUUUCAAGCAUCUUAUCUUGCGCGUCGAGUUCGCCAAGAAGGCUGCUUAGAGGACUAUCUACUAGCUAGACAGUUUAGGGAGUGGAUAGGAAUUCUUUCUUCUCGCUUGUAUGCGAAAAGAUGGAUGUAUGACAUGAUAUGGUAUAGAAGGGCUUGGUCCAAAGGGAUUGUCAUGCUGGGUGAUAUGGAUAGAAUGAAUGAAUGAAUUCUAGACAUAAUAGGACACGGAUACCUAUCCAAAUUUAUCCGACUCUACGGGAAAAUGUCUUCUUCGCCAUGCUUAGCCCGGUGAUUUAUUUCAAGGGUUAUUUCACAUGAUAUAUGAAUACUGGGUUAUAAGAGCUAAGUAGAAUCGAUAUCAAAUCUACCAUCCAGUUCCCUCUUACAAUAAACCGACAGCACUCAACUGAAUAAGGUGCAUUAACGAUAAGGUGAGAGGAAAAGGGUGAGAACACUCGAAUCUUAUUAUAUUUCACUUAAAAUUACUCUCAUUAUAUCAUCACUUCUAUAAGGCACCUUUUCGUAAGAACUUUUCAUAUCAUUAAAUGUUAUUAUAUGAGCCUAUACAACAACCUAGCAUACCGUUAGAACCGCUUAUAAUUAUAUGAAUUUGCUUUUACCUUGGGUGACAACAAUUCGGUCGGGUUACAGCUUAUAUUUUUUAACCUGUAUAAUUGAAAUU